AUGGACAUCAAGCGAGUGGCUGCAAGAGUCCGAGCGAGAUCGUGCGGUGUUCGCCAAGCUGUCGUUUUGAGGGCUACCAAGACACUCUAUACGUCCAAGCCCACGAGACAAUUCUACAGGAGCUGCAUCGUUAGUGGCACAAUUGACUUCAUCUUUGGUGAUGCAGCUGUGGUGUUCCAGAACUGCAUCAUGGUUGUGAGGAAGCCAAAUGACAACCAGCGAGAACAUGGACAAGAUCGGGAGCUACCUUGGAAGGCCAUGGAAGGAGUUCUCAAGAACCAUUGUGAUGGAAUCGAAAUAGGUGACUUCAUUCACCCCGAUGGAUGGACAGCUUGGAAUGGAGACUUUGCUCUCAAAACAUUGUACUAUGCUGAGUAUGGCAACACAGGACCUGGUGCCACCACCAAUAUGCGACAAGGUGUUCGCCAUGGAGAGCUUGUUCUCAGGGAAACAAAUAAUGAGAGAUUGAGGAAAAGUUUGGAAAGUAAAGUUCACAAGAAAGAUCACUCCAGUCAGACCAGAAAAGUUAAUUUUGUAAUAUAUGUUGUUAAUGCUCUUCUGAUUGUGAAUGUAAUGAACGAUUCUAGUGAUUCAGAGACAGAUUAUAUUGAAACAAUUGUUUCUACUUUCAAUUACCCAUCCCUAUCAUUUAAAGAUGACAAACCGGUACUUGUUUUCACUCAUGGGGAUCUCCUUUCACGCACUGAGCGUGCUCAUGUUCGUGGACGUCUGGGAAAGUUAUUAGGAAUUCCACCCACCAAGCAAAUUUUUGACAUCCCGAAUUCUGAUUGUCCAGCAACUGAGUCUGCCAUAAUUGGAAUGCUACGAUAUAGUCUUGCCUAUGCAGACAUAAAUCUUCCUCAGAAAUGCAAGGUCCUUGGGUAUAAGGUUCAUAAAUUUUUUUUCACCAGUAUACAUGAUUUUCCUGAUUCUGGGGAUAGGAGUUGCAAUUGGUAUGGGACAAAGAGCAGAAGUACACGUUCCAUUUUCAAAAACAAAAUUUCUCAAUAA